AUGGCGCACAACGAGGAGCCACGCAAGCGUGCCAAGGAAGACGAGGCAGCUGUGUCCAUGUCAUCAGACGACGAUGACGUAGGGCCCAUGCCGAUGCCUGCCGGCAACGACACGGAGCGUGCGAAGCGACAACGCACAUUGCAGUAUGAAAGUUUGUACUUGGAACAGUUACCAUGUGCAGAACGCUACCAAAAGUCGCUCAUGCACCGUGAUACGAUCAAUUUCGUCACAGUGACGCCACAUACCAACUUUGUCAUUACAACCUCUGUGGAUGGCCACGUCAAGUUCUGGAAAAAGCAGGCUACAGGGAUCGAGUUUGUCAAGCAUUACAAUGCGCAUCUGGCCAUGAUUGUCGGUGUGUCUGUGAGUGCCGAUGGCGCCUACUUUGCCAGCAUCGCCGCUGAUGGAACUGUAAAAGUAUUUGACGUGAUCAACUUCGACUUGAUUCACAUGCUACAGCUUCCCUAUACCCCUCGCGCCUGUGCCUGGGUGCAUCGCCGCGGCAGUGCCGACACCGUGCUGGCCAUCGCCGAGGAGCAUAGCCCAUCCAUCCAUUUCUACGACGGACAUGGCGGCAACGAGCCAUUGUAUACGGUUGAUAAGCUGCACAAAAAGCCAUGCCAUAUUCUCGCAUACAAUGAAGCGUAUGACUGCAUUCUUUCGGCAGAUACGGGCGGUAUGCUGGAAUACUGGCAGCCACGCGAGCCGUAUGCACCGCCACCCAAUGUGUUUCAGUUGAAAUCGUCGACAGAUCUCUUUGAAUUUAAAAAGACCAAAUCUGUGCCGACCAGUAUCACCCUGUCCCCGGACGGCGCGUACUUUGUCACGACUUCCAUGUGCGAUCGACAAGUGCGCGUAUUCCAGUUCCAGCAUGGCAAGCUGCUGCGAAAGUACGACGAGUCUCUAACAGCUAUCCAGGAAAUGCAGCAAGCAGGCACAGCUAUCUCCCAGCUCGAUGAUAUGGAGUUCGGACGUCGUCUGGCCGUCGAGCGAGACAUGGACGCCUCCAUGCUGGCCGGCAUGGGCGAUGCCACGGCGAACGCUACAGGAGCGGGUACCGCUAACGCCGUGUUUGAUGAGAGUGGUCACUUUAUCAUCUAUGGGACGAUGCUGGGCAUCAAGGUGGUGAAUGUAAAGACCAACAAGGUGAGCCGCUUACUUGGCAGAGACGAAACCAUGCGGUUUUUAAAUAUGUCACUGUACCAGGGUGUACCGACCCAAAAGCCCGUGACAAACAUUGCGUUGGCCGCGUCUGAGAACCCUAUGGCCAAAGGCGAUGAGCGGGAUCCUACCCUCUUCUGCUCGGCCUUGAAACGAGCGCGGUUUUACUUGUUUACUAGGAAUGAGCCAGACACGGAUCCCAACUCGAAACUCGCAGGGCAGGAUCGGGAUGUGUUCAACGAGAAGCCCACACGAGAAGAGCAGGCCAUGGCAGAGGACAAAACGAAUAUCAAGAAAAAGCGCCAAAUCACUACGGCCAUCUUGCACACGACAGCGGGAGACAUUCAUCUGCAGUUGUACCCUGAUCUGGUCCCAAAGACCGUAGAAAACUUUGUGGGUCUGGCCAAGAAAGGGUACUACAACGGUGUGCUCUUCCACCGUGUCAUUAAGAAGUUUAUGAUCCAGACAGGUGACCCGUUAGGAGACGGUACAGGGGGUGAGAGUUUGUGGGGCGGUGAGUUUGCGGACGAAUUCGUCAAGGAACUUCGUCAUGAUCGACCCUACACGCUGAGUAUGGCCAAUGCAGGACCUAAUACCAACGCAAGUCAGUUCUUUAUUACGACAGUCGCUACGCCAUGGCUUGAUGAUAAACAUACUGUGUUUGGCCGGGCUACAAGUGGCCUAGAUGUGAUUCACAAGAUUGAAAAUGCGCCUAUUAACAAGUUUGACAAGCCCAAGGACGACAUUCAGAUUUCCAGCGUCACGCUGCAUUGA